AUGGGUGAGCCGGGAAGGGAUGGUGAGAAUGGAAAAGAUGGGCGUGAUGGUCCGCCGGGAGAGCCAGGAAAACCGGGUAGAGAUGGAGAGCCAGGCGCUGAUGGACCAAUGGGGCCGCCAGGGGAUGAUGGCUUACCCGGAGCUGACGCCGCUUACUGUCCAUGUCCACCACGAAGUUCCGCAUUUGUAUCGGAAGAUAAUCGCAUAAAACUCGUCGAUAUGGCAACUCUCACGUAA